AGCAGGACCUAAAUUGAACUGCACUGCUUUUUCGUACCAUGACAUCAAUUAUAAGCAGACCUGCGGCAGGUCUGCUCAGUAAACCGUUCACCAUUUUUUUUGUAUAGAGUUUUCCUACCACAACGGCCACUUUUGACAGCAGGAAUUGUUUCUUGCUCGUCGCAAAUGUCAAAUAAAGCGAUUCUUAAAAAGUUACUAUUAGGUAGCUUCUUUGGACAUUUUGGCGUUGUUUUGUAAGAUAUUCACCAAAUGUUCCGUGUUUGUUUCCUAAGGAUUUGUACAUUCAAAGCUAUUGUUUAAUAAGAAUUUGAUUAAAUUCAUUUAAACCCACCUAUGAAUUGUUCAAAAAAGUUAAAUCUACAAAAGAAUAAGUUGUGUAAACAUUAAUAACACCCUUAACAUUAUUGCAAAGAUGUGUGACGAGUAUGAACUGUUUGAGUUUUUGGAAAGUGAUUUCAACGAAUCCAGAAUGGCAAAUAAAAAGAAACGUUUCAGGAACAGAAAAUAAGGAUCCUUUUGACUUAGAUGAAAAUGCUUUCAUCAAGGAGUACAGAUUUUUCAAUAAAUUCGGUAUCCCUGGUGUGAUUGGAUGUAUAGAUUGUACCCAUGUUCGCACAGUAAGGCCUAAUGAGCAUGAAGAUAGAUAUUUCUGUAGAAAGAAAUUCCAUUCUCUAAAUGUUCAGUUGAUUUGUGAUGCGGAUCAACAAAUCCUAAGUGUUGAUGCGAGUCAUCCAGGGUCACUUCAUGACUCAUUUAUAUGGAGCCACCAUCCUGUAUGUUACCAUUUAGAAAAUUUAGGGUCUGAAGCAACAUGGCUUUUAGGUAACUUGGGUACUCACAAUGAAGAACGAUGAUGACACCUAUUUUGGAUGCAGAACCAGACACACCGGAAGCAUAUUAUACACAAAAGCAUGUAAAGGCUAGGAAUGUUAUAGAAAGAACUAUAGGUCUUCUCAAAGCA